AACUUCCUAUAUAUUGUUGUCGUCUAGUCAUCCAACGUGUCACCACGUUUUUAAAUGGUUUUUAAAGUCAUUCACUUCUCAUUAGAGUAACUCUUCUGAUCAAAGAAAACUCCGCAAAAAUGACAGUGAAGAAAGGUAAAGUACUUACUAAAGGAGCUAAGCAGAUAAUGGAAGAUAAUACUUCCACGUUAAAGUUCUAUGCCAUUAUGGCUAUAAGCGCAAUGGUUGCUCACGUCGGUGUGACAUUUGUAAUGUUUGAGUUCACAACACUGACAAUAGUUCUAGUUGUAUUUUCUUUAAUUGUAUACGCAGCAAGCUAUCAGUUCAUGUCGUACAUGGCCAAUCCAAAAUAUUCCAGUUCUGGUCAGCUCUUAGAUUCAGGUGUUGAUCUUGACAUGGAAGGUGGUAUAGGAGAACAUGUCAAAGAUGUAAUUAUAUUAACAUCUGGAGUGCAAGUUCUGUCUCUUUUUUCAAAUUACUUCUGGCUCUUCUGGCUUCUGGUGCCAUUGAGAGGUGGAUGGUUGUUCUGGAAACAGAUACUGGGGCCAUGGUUCUUUGCCCAGCCAUCAGAACAACCUGAAAUAAGCGAAAAGAAACAGCGCAAGAUGGAGAAGAAAAUGGCAAGAAAAGAAACUAAACGAUUCUGAGAUGCCUGAAAUCUUUUCAGGCAUCGUAAUGCAAACAAUUCUAUGGACUCAACAGGAAGAUCGGAAAGAGGAAAGAAAAAAGAAUUCUCUCCUUCCGACAUGUCUAGAAGUGUGGGCAGGGUGGUUCGGCAUUUACAAUAGAAUAAAUACAAAAUUGAACGGAAUUUCGAGAUUCGCCGAUUUAGCUCGACAAAGAUGACUACAGAAAAUUUUGAAGGCUCGAAAGUUGCCGAGGUAAAUUUCAUCUUUACUGAAUCUAGGAAGAUCUCACGUAAGAUUGAGACACUUCUUGUAUUCAAUAUCUCUAGAUUUACUUCUAUAUGAGUCGAAAAAGACUGAUGUAAAAUGACGAUUAAAAUGUUAAAUUUAUUAAUAAAUUGAAUUUUUAUACAAUUACAUUGUGUGUAACAUUCGGCUUGUAUAGAAAUCAAAUCGUAAAAAUUAAUA